AUGACUUUGAACGUUCUGGUAUUGGGAAACGGUGGUAGAGAACACGCUUUGGUAUGGAAGCUCGCUGCAUCGCCCUCGGUGGAAAAAGUAUAUGUGGCUCCUGGUAACGGAGGAACUGCGAAGAUGGGCUCGAAAGUCGUUAACGUAAGCGACUUGAGUCCGAUCCCAGCUCAAUUCGGAUCUUUGCAGAAAUUUGCAGUAGAACAUAACGUUGGCUUGGUGGUCCCUGGGCCUGAACAACCACUUGUCGACGGUAUUUCUGACGUCUUUGCAAAAGUUGGCAUCCCAGUUUUUGGCCCAUCCGCCAAGGCCGCCAUCUUCGAAGGCUCUAAGACUUUUUCCAAAGAUUUCAUGGCUAAGCACAACAUUCCUACCGCUCGCUACGCCAAUUUCGACGACUACGAAAAAGCUAAGGCUUAUUUGGAGAAAGUUGACUAUCAAGUGGUUCUUAAAGCGGAUGGUAUUGCUGGAGGCAAAGGUGUGUUAAUUCCAACCUCAUCGCAAGAAGCGCAAGACGCUUUGAAGGCUUUGAUGGUCGAAAGACAGUUUGGCGCUGCCGGCGACUCCAUCGUAAUUGAAGAAUUUUUGGAGGGUGACGAAAUUUCCAUCCUGACAAUUUCUGAUGGUUACUCAUAUUUCAACCUUCCACCAGCCCAGGAUCACAAGAGGGUCGGUGAAAAUGAUACAGGCCUGAACACAGGCGGCAUGGGUGCCUACGCACCAGCUCCAGCUGCUACUCCAGCUCUUUUGAAAAAAAUGGAAGAAGAGGCUAUUAAACCUACCAUUGAUGGUAUGAGAAAAGACGGUCUACCCUUUGUCGGUGUCUUAUUCACUGGCUUUAUCUUGACGAAAGACGGUCCAAAGGUAUUAGAAUACAAUGUUAGGUUCGGAGAUCCUGAAACCCAGACUGUUUUGCCUCUCUUGUCAGAUGACACCGAUUUGGCCCAAGUUUUCUUAGCCGCUGCUGAGCACAGACUCGAUUCUGUGGAAAUAACGCUGAAAGAAAAUUGUUUUGCUACCACUGUUGUUCUUGCAGCUGGCGGAUACCCUGAAUCUUACUCCAAAGGUGAAGUUAUGACUAUCGAUACCACUACUCUUCCAAAGGACGCUUACAUUUUUCAUGCAGGUACCAAAGAAGACAAUGGAAAAAUCCUUACUGCCGGUGGCAGAGUCAUUGCAGCUUCUGCUGUUGCACCUACUUUAAGAGAAGCCGUUGAUAAAGCCUACCAAGGUGUCGAAUGCAUCAAAUUCAACAACAGAUAUUUCAGAAAAGAUAUUGGACAUCGCGCCUUCAAGGCUGCUGAAAAAUCUGAGAUAGCUGCUAAGUCUAUAACCUAUGCCGAAGCUGGUGUAUCAGUCGACAACGGUAAUCUACUUGUUCAAAAAAUCAAAGAGAAAGUCAAAUCGACGAGGAGAUCGGGCGCUGAUUCCGACAUUGGUGGCUUUGGUGGUCUAUUUGAUUUGAAAGCCGCCGGCUACAAUACGGAUGAAACUCUGUUAGUGGCUGCUACUGACGGUGUCGGUACUAAACUAAUGGUUGCUCAAGAAACUGAGAUACAUGACUCUGUCGGUAUUGAUCUAGUUGCAAUGAAUGUCAACGACCUGGUUGUACAAGGUGCAGAGCCAUUGAUUUUCCUAGAUUACUUUGCUACUGGCGCCUUGGACAUCAAAGUCGCUUCUGACUUUGUCUCUGGUGUUGCAGAUGGUUGUAUUGCUGCCGGAUGUGCUUUAGUCGGUGGUGAGACCUCUGAAAUGCCUGGCAUGUACCCUGCCGGCCACUACGAUACCAAUGGUACCGCUGUCGGUGCUGUCAACAGAAAUGCCAUCUUGCCCAAAAUCGAGAACAUGGCUGCUGGCAAUGUCUUGCUAGGUUUAGGAUCUGACGGUCUGCACUCGAACGGUUUCUCCUUGGUGAGAAAAAUUAUCGAAACAGUUGAGUUGCAGUGGAAUGACCAAUGUCCAUGGGAUGCUUCAAAGACAGUGGGAGAGGCUACGCUUGUUCCUACCAGAAUUUAUGUCAAACAGCUUCUGCCAUCUAUCAGAGAAAAUCUAUUGUUAGGCCUAGCCCACAUCACUGGUGGUGGUUUAGUCGAAAACAUUCCCCGUGCAUUGCCAAACAACUUGCAGGCCAAGGUUGAUAUGAAUACCUGGGAAGUACCCGAGGUUUUCAAGUGGUUCGGUAAAGCUGGUAACGUCCCUGUUGAUGACAUCUUGAAAACCUUGAACAUGGGGAUUGGUAUGGUUUUGAUUGUGGAGAAGCAAAACGUUGCUAGAGUCAAAGAGUUGUUGGCAGAAGCGAACGAAAGAGUUUACGAGAUUGGUACUCUGGUUGAGAAGCCUGUCAAUGCGCCAGGGUGUGUUGUUGACAAUGCUACCAACCUGUAUUGA